UAUUUUUAUCUGUGGUCAGUCUAUUUGACAACUCUGGUGCGUGCUGUUGGUUAUAGAGAAAUGAUUUCUUUCUAUUUUCGUGGUGAUUUAUAAAACGAAUACAUUAUGUUUUUCGAGGAAACAGUAUCUUCAAACGUGUGUUAAGUAUUGUUCUGUAACAUUUAAGUGAUUUUCAGAAGAUUUUUGAGGCAGUAAAAGUGUUUUUUACCACACUACGUAAUCAUGGCGGACCCGCUGAGUUUACUCCGCCAGUAUAAUGUAAAUAAAAAAGAAAUAAUUGAACGUGAUAAUCAAAUAAUAUUUGGUGAAUUUUCUUGGCCGAAAAAUGUUAAGACCAAUUAUCUCAUGUGGGGUUCUGGAAAGGAGGGCAGUGUGAAGGAAUACUAUACUUUAGAAUGCCUGCUGUUCAUUCUCAAGAAUAUACAAUUGACACAUCCAGUGUAUGUUAGACAAGCUGCUGCUGCAAACAUCCCUGCAGUACGCCGCCCAGACAGAAAGGAGCUAUUGGCAUACUUGAAUGGAGAAACUGCUACCUGUGCAUCUAUAGAUAAGAGUGCCCCAUUGGAAAUACCUACUCAGGUAAAACGCACACAUGACAAUGAAGGUGGAGAAUCUGCGGCUAAGAAGCCUCGUAUUGAGGAGACACAUGUGCAGAAAGUGCGUGAGCAGUUGGCUGCUCGCCUUGAUGCACCGAAAGAAGCCUCUGUGACUGUUGAUAACAUCAAAUCACUGUCAGAGGCUAUGUCAGUUGAGAAAAUUGCUGCCAUCAAAGCAAAACGUCUAGCCAAGAAGAGAACUACAAUAAAGAGUAAUGACUACUCGGACACAUUAGGUGUGGUCGGGUCAGAUUUGAGGGCUAUCCUGGAUUACGAUGUGGACCUUACCAAAGAUAUCAUCAGCCGGGAACGGCAAUGGAGGACUAGAACCACAGUAUUACAAAGCAAUGGAAAGAUGUUUGCCAAAAGUAUAUUGGCUCUGCUGGGCAGUAUAAGGGCCCGAGAGGAAGGCAGGCCAGGCGCGCCGCGGCCCCAGCCCGUGGUCAUGCCACAGCCCACCGCCCUGCCGGCGCAACAGGCGCAGUACAACAGAUACGAUCAGGAGCGAUUCAUUAGGCAGAAAGAAGAGACUGAAGGGUUCAAGAUCGACACUAUGGGUACAUACCACGGUAUGACAUUGAAGUCGGUGACUGAAGGCCCGAGCGUGCCGGUGGCUGCGCGUGCGCCACAGACACCGAAUCAUCCACGGCAAAUGCCACAAAACGGGUCGGUGGCGAUGUCAGCGACGCCGCGGCGCGAGCUACUGCCGGUGGCGGCGGCGCGGCCCCCGUCGGGCGGCGGCAAGCGGCCCUCGCGCACGCCCAUCAUCAUCAUCCCCGCCGCCGCCACCUCACUCAUCUCCAUGUACAACGUCAAGGACAUGCUGCAGGAUCUCAAAUUUGUGCCAGUGGAGCAAAAGAAAUCGGAAGGCGCUGCACGUGAAAACGAAGUACUUUUACAAAGAAGGAAAGGCCCAGCUGGGGAGCAUGCUCCAAACACCGCUGCUUCCAUUACGGUGCCAUACAGAGUGGUGGACAACCCGGCGAGGCUGUCGGCGGCGGAGUGGGACCGCGUGGUCGCGGUGUUCGUGCAGGGGCCCGCGUGGCAGUUCAAGGGCUGGCCCUGGGACGGCAACCCAGUGCAGAUCUUCGCUCAUAUAUGCGCAUUUCACUUAAAGUUCGACGAGAUGAAGUUGGACGCGAACGUGGCGCGCUGGGCCGUCACCGUGUUGAACCUUAGCCGCACCAAGCGGCAUCUCGACCGCGCCAUACUGCUCAGCUUCUGGGAGACCUUAGAUAAGCACAUGAUGAAGAAUAAACCACACCUUAGGUUUUAAACGUUACAUGUAGCUCUAUAAAGGUUUAUCAUAUAAUUUCCUAUAGUUUAAUUAGUUAUGAAGAAUGCUUACCAGAGCUUGUCGAAGGUAACUAUCUAAGUCAACACUAACUUUUUAUGAAUUAUGGCCGACAGCUUUGAGCUGAAACAUUGUACAUGCAUAACUAUACAUUGAAUAACCUUAUACUCUUAUCCGGUGGAUUUCAAUAGGGCUGGCACGCAUAGAAAGAAGAGAAAUGUCAAGAGAGAGUGCUAAGAUAAAUAUAUAUCUGUUUUAUCGAUAGUCGUUGCAUGUCGUUUACGACAGUCGACUCCUAACACAUAAUAAGAAAGAGUUGGCAUAUGAAUGUUACCCGUUUCAAAUAAUCCGGCCCAAAAGUCGUGGUUUGGUUACUUUAAUAUUAAUUUCUUUUUACGCCGCGCCGUGCACUUUUAGUCUUCCGCAAAAUCCCGUCUUCCGCCCCGUAAUUUUGCUUUCUCAAUGAACUAUCGCCAACUCUUUCUUAUUGCUCCGUGACUCCGAGAGCCGACGAACUCUGACGCUCUCAAGUAUGGCUAGAUGUAGGCAGCAAUCGACGACUAUUUGUAACGAUUUUCGGUGACUCAGUGACAGUAUCUGUUAGCGCUAAGGCCUUGUGAUGGACGACAGCGAGAAUCAGAACGGUGCUGGCAGCGACAAUGUCACACUACCGCCACCCUCCCGCUUGUUGACCAGUACGCGGCCUAAGGUUGUAUUCGUAAUAGCAAGACAUUUCGAAACAGCGUAGCCCGGGGAAGCGUGGGUACUUAGUUCAUCGUGUGAUGGAUGUACCUCUUACUAGCCUAAUUGGGAAUUUAUUCGUGAGCUUUGUUAAUACGAGAAAUAUGACAUGUGUUUAGCCUUCUCUCCUUCCUUGUUGAUUCCCUGUAACUGUACAUCAAGUCGUAAUUUAUUACCAAGCUUAGUAAACACAUUUUUUUUGGGUGUUCUUCAUUGUUCCGUUAACUUAAUGUUUUUACUUGAAUAGUUCACAUUAGUACAGUAGCUUUGACCAUAUAAUAUCAUGAAGAUAUUGAAUAUUUUACAAUUAUUACUACUAUUUAUGUCGCAUAUGUAUAAUAUUGAGACAAGUUUACAUUAACUUGUAAUUAUCUCAUAGGAUAGACGUGGGUACACGUAUAGUUUAAAAAAUAUAUAAGUUAUAGAAAACACACGUCAAGUUACUGAACUAUUGUGAACUGUGUUAUAGGGCAUAGUCGCACAGGUGCCUUGCAAACCCGUGAUUAUGCGCUUUUGAAGUACGUGAGUAACUUAACCCGAGUCCCUUGUACAUUAAGAUACCUUUGUUUAAUCACGGCUUUGGACUGCGUUUGUGAGAAUAGCCACUCAUAAUUUGCAUCUCGAGUAAGUGCCUCCAACCUCCUUAGCUAAUGUCCAUAUCUAGAUAAUGAGUAAUUACGGCUACGUAAAUAUAUAUGUCAAAAAUUUUCCUUUAUUUUCAUAUUGUAUUGUAACGUGCAGAGGUCUAGUUUAUUGACAGAUGAUCUUUGUUUAUUCAUAACAAUAAAUGAAAUUGUUGACUUA